CGGCUGGAUGGUUUAGGCCGAGGGGUUCACUUUCCAUUUUUCUCAACUUGGGUCACACAAGGAAGUUCUGGUUGGGGACUUGUUCUCGUUUCUUGACGAUUCCCAGCUUGAAAGCGCACAAUGUGUCUUUGUGUUUCUGCUUAGAUGGUUUCUUCUGUUCUACAAGGAGUGUCUUGAACUGAGCGGCAAAACAGCUGAGCUGGUUUGCUGAGCCGGAGGGACUUUUGAGCGGUGAAUCGUGGCGUGGACGCCCCUUGGGCUCAUCUGUCGACCCUGCCAUGGACCUUUACGACCUGCCACCAGAGAGGGAGGUGUCUGUACCCAAAAUCCAGAUCGAAGAAAUGCUGGAUGCUGCGGGGUAUGAGAGUGGAGGUGGCCCUCCUUCCGACGACCACUUGCGGAAUCUGAAAGCUCUGACGGAGAAACUGAGGCUGGAGACCAGGAGACCUUCCUAUUUGGAGUGGAAGGCCCAGCUGGAGGGGCUCGCGUGGAAAAGCCACCCCAAACCUCCAGAGGACGAGGAAGAGGAGGAGAGCACGGACAAGAAAGCAGCAGAAGGCAGCGUUGCAUUAAGAGAGGUGCAGGUUCAUGUCGACGAAAGGUCUUCAGAGCAGCCAACACUGGUCGCCCCAGAGAAAAGCAGCGGGUUUGGGAAUAUCGAGGAAGCUUUAAAUUGGCUCAGGAAGGAAUUGAUGGAGAUGCGCCUCCAGGACCAGCAGUUGGCCCGGCAGCUCAUGCGCUUGCGCAGCGAUAUCAACAAGCUCAAGAUUGAGCAGACGUGCCACCUCCAUCGGCGCAUGCUCAAUGAUGCCACCUACGAACUGGAGGAGAGGGACGAACUCUCGGACCUUCUCUGCGAUUUCCCCCUCACGUCCUCCUUCAGCCUCUCUACCCCCCUCAAACUCAUUGGUGUGACGAAAAUGAACAUCAACUCCCGCCGCUUCUCGCUUUGUUAGAGGAAGAGGAACGGGGGCUGAGGAAGCGGGUGUCAGGGGAGAGGUCCUCAAACGAAAGAGAGAAAGUCAAGCUUCCCCGUUCCUUUGCCUGGUAGGGAGAUAUAUCUGGAAGAGGAAGGGGAGAGUGGAACUCCCAGCUACUCUUCUUCUGGUCCAAUAUGGCUGGACUGCAGGGGUGGUAAAAGUCAUGUGCCAAAGUGCUUUGGAGAAAUGUAGAGAAUAAGAAUGACGUGGCUGCUUCAAGGGUAGAAAGGAGAUGCCACAAAAUCCAACACUUG